AUGGAUUCCAGAGAGGUUUCAACGCACGUUAAGAAUCUAGAGAAGUUUAAGACCAACGAUGAAACUGUAUUAGAUAUUUUAAAGGCCUUGGAGAAAGAAGUUGUCCCCACUGAAAAGUUAUUAAGAGAGACCAAAGUUGGUGUCGAAGUUAACAAGUUCAAGAAAUCCCAAAAUGCAGAGAUUGUCAAACUUGUUAAACGUAUGAUUUCUUCUUGGAAAGAAACUAUCAAUAAGAGUAAAAAGGCCAAGAUUCAACCGCAGUCACAACAACAACAACCAUCAACAUCUCAAAAUCCAUCAACACAGCAACUGAGUCCCACAGAGCCAAGAAAACAGGACAAAUUUGUCUCAUCGAAGCCUAGAAACAGCAAGAAUGAUGGUGUCGAUACCAAUAUUUACAAUCACAAGUUGAGAGAUAUGGUGAUAAGAGCACUUUACGACGCACUGGCAAAGGAAAGUGAGCAUCCGCCCUCGUCAGUUCUAGAUUCCGCAAAGUCUAUUGAAGAAGAGAUGAACAAAUUGAACAACUGUGACGAAAAUGAGAAGGCCUAUAAGGACAAAUACAGAAUUAUUUAUUCUAACAUCAUUUCUAAGAACAACCCAGAUUUAAAGCAUAAAAUCACUAACGGGGACGUUACGUCACAGUACUUGGUUUCCUGUGAUCCCAAAGAAUUGGCACCUGAACAUCUCAAAAAGAAGUUGGAGGAAAUUGCUAAACAGAAUCUGCACAACGCCCAAGGUGCUACCAUUCAAAGGUCCAUUACUGAUAGAUUUACCUGUGGUAAGUGCAAGGAAAAGAAAGUUUCUUACUAUCAAUUACAAACGAGAUCUGCUGAUGAACCAUUGACUACAUUCUGUACAUGUGAAGCCUGUGGUAAUAGGUGGAAGUUCUCUUAG